ACUACAAACACGGAUGGUGGGAUUGUUAGGCUAGUUACUGUAAGGUCUAGCUUUUCCGUUGACACAGGGUUAGUUAUUCGUUAAAGAAACUAAUAAGUGGGAUAUUUACAUUUAACGGACGAACGUAUUGUUUUUCUAACGGUUUAACAAUUUCGCAUUUUUGUUGACUAGCUAGUUUAACACACCUGUACAAUUUUAAUGGGGUAGCGGCGCUAACAUUAGUGUUAAAACUAACUGUCGUAACGUUAAUUAGUUUUACGCGAGCUAGCUAACGUUAGCUAACAGAUAGAACUCAUUAUUAAACGCAAAGAUAUAUACACGUGUAUAUAUCUAUGAUUAAAUGUGUUAGUAACAAGUUAACUUUCACCUGACAUGGACCUGGAUAUUCGUCAGUAUCUAGCCAAGGCAAAGGAGCAACAAGACUCUGGAGCUCUGCAUUCAGCGUACCAUUUAAUCAAGGACAUGACAGCAGCUGUAACCAGCGGACGAACUCCACGCAUUGCCGCAGAGUUGUAUGUCGUUUGCGCGGAAGCAGCUCUGCAGCUGGGUUGUUUGGAGAUAAGCACAGCGUGUCUAAAGAUGUACUUUGAAGGCAAUCCGCCGGCUAAUCAAUUUUUAUGUCGAGCCUACCUCUGCCAGGGCCAGCUGAAGUCUCCGCCGGCCACUGGGAGUGUGGAAGACUUUGAAGAGGCUGUGCUGUAUUUUCUUAAAGCAAUUGAAAUUUCAAAACCUGAACCAAGAUACUACUUCAUAGUGUUCAAUGCCUCAGUGCUAUACUUCCAGACAGUGCGUCCUCUCCUGCAGCCAGGGCGGUGCCUCCACCUGGUCCCCUCCCUCAGGCAGGUGGUCGAAAGUCUGGAGGAGGUGGCAGACCAGGACCACAGCUGGAGGGCUGAACUCAUGAUGCACCUGAUCGAAUGUCUUGUGGACUCUGGGAAAAUGGAGGAUGCUGCAAGUUUUGCCAAAGUUACAGAAGAAUUCAUCAAGUCACAUACCCCAUAUCUUUAUCCGAGACUCUUUACGUUACUGGUACGUCACAAGCUGACAGAGAGUGAUGUCCUCAUUGAAAUGAGCAGGCAGUGUACUACCUUAGCAGUCAUUUACAAAAUACAAGAAUUUAAAAACAGGUUGGAAGAAAUAAAUGAGGAUGAGCCAACAAAAGCGGAGCUUGAGCAGAUUUUCCAUCUCCUGGUGGAUUGUACUAAAGUAUCCGCUACGUCUGUGAACUCUAGCCCUCUUCAGAGCCCAACACCCAUUGAACCAGCUGACAGAGUUGCCUUCCUCCUGGAAUUGGCUCUGCUGGCCUUGCAAAUGAAGCAUCAGAAAGUUGCUGCCGACUGUUUGAAAGAGCUAAAGUCGGUGGGAGAUGUUAGUGUUGGCCAGCGCAUAAUAAUGGAAUGUGUCAACUGUGAAAUCAACCUCCUGAAGAGAGAGGCGAAGAUGAAUGACUAUUCCAAAGCCAGUGUGGAGGCCCGUCUGAAGGAGAUAGGCAAGCUGGAUCAGUGGCUGCAGACUGCAGUGAGGGAGGGGGACCCUCAGGCCAUGCAGGCAGUGUGUGCUACCCAGUGGAGCUUCUGCCUGCCCCUUCUGCAGCACAACCUCAGGAAACACAUCAAGACACCUCUGCUUAGUGUGGCCCAAGUACUGGAAGACAUGCAAAGUAUGUUGCUAGAGAUGCGCUGUCAAGUCCACUCAGAGCUGGCAGUGAUUGAAGAGGAGGAGGGGCGCCUUGAGGCCUCUUUGACUCAGCUCCAGAAAGCCAUGCUGCUGGAUAACGGGACACAACGAGAACGUCUGUCGUCAGCUUUCCACCUCCUGCAGCUCAGAGGGACCCUCUACCAAACGCCCUCCCGGACUGAGGAUAAAGCCGCUAUGCUUAUGCAGCAGGUUUUCAGCCCAUCUGUGUCAGACAGUCUAACAUUACAAAAUGCCAGGGACAUGCAGCCGCAAGAUAAGACAGAGAGUCGUCCCAUCCUGAUCGCUGUGGGUCUCCUUUUGGCUCCUGAUGAUUUCCAGAUGGUGCUGGAUGCAGACAACACCUCCAAAAUUCCCGUAGGCAGUCUUGGAUCUGGACCAGUGGCUCAGCUCUUUGCUAAGGCUCAGCAUCACUCUACAUCUGUACGGAAGGUGGAUGGACACCUGGCCAGACAAGGAGAAGACACAGACAACACAGAGAGGGUAAAGUUGUGGACGGCACUGGUGAAGACAGCCAGGAAACAGGAAGUUUGGGAUGUGUGCCGAGCUGCUUGUCGAUUCUGUUUGCUUUACGAUGAUGGGAGGUGGAAGAUUUCCAAGACUGACAAAUGUAGAUGCUCAGAGGAAGAAAGCUGUGCAAAAUGUCUUCACGAUUGCAAUGGAAGCCAAACCUGUGUGAGGGACUUGCUGCGCCUUUUAGCUGAAAUUCGCUUCAUCAGUGCUGAGGCCACCGUCCAAAAGCUGCUAACAGAGGGGGUGCAGCUUAACAGCCCUGCUGUCCCCGCUGUAGAAGAACAGGUGUGUGUGUCUGAAGAGGAUCCACACUGGGUUGUUUACAGAGACUGGAUCCAGGCUUUGUCUGCCUACGCCACCUCCAACUUCUUGCGGGCAGCGGAGCUCGGAGCAGAGAUCAUGGAGCCGUGGGUGGUAGCAAAUGCAGCCAUUUACCUGUGGAACUACAACAGCCACUUGUUGGUAGCUGGGGAGUACCAACGCCUGCUUCCCACCUUCCAGAGUUUGGUGGAGAUGCUCCGAAAGACAGAGUACACUGGGAAUCGUACUCUGUUUGUGCUGCUGUGUGCUGCUGUGGCCCGGGGGUUGAUCCAGCCUCUGUGUGGACCAGACAGCAGCGCCGAGCCAACCCUGUCAGGAGACAAAAACAGAGCGGAGAAGGGGAUGGAGAAGGCUGCCAGUGUCCAUGGGGUUUUCUUAGACCCUGCUGCCCUGCAGGAUGUCCGCAAGGCAUUAGAGUUGUGUGACUACGCCCUUUGCAUAUCCAACUGUAACAUCCCAGAGGAGACCGUACCCAUCGCAGCCAGGAAACAGGUGGUGGCCACAUGGGUGCAGAUCAAGAGGCUCUUGCAACAGCAGAUUGGCUUAAAGAUGGACACUAAAGAUGAGUGUGAGAAUGAGGAGGUUUCGGCGAUGACGCGUGUGCUGGUUGGAGUGGAGAUGCUCCAGUGUAAUAGGAACCCGAGGCAUAUGGAGUUCUCUGUUCCCAGUCUCUCCACACUGGUGAGCAUGGCAUCUGAAUGCAGCUGGACUGACGCCGUGGUGGAGUUGCAGGUGUGGUGCCAGCUGGCUGCCUUCUGCCAUUAUGCCAAGGACCACAGCUUGGUGUUGUGCUGCACCAAGAGAGCUCUGCAGCUGGAAGAAGCAGCAGCAAAGAGCCUCAACAACAUGCCCUGUGUUUUGUAUGGCCUGACUGCGGUGAAUGAGAUGCUGAGCAGUGCCUCUUGUUUGAGGGGUUUGAGUUUAGUCCAUGAGUCCAAUGGAGAUCUGCACACUUACAGAGAGGCUAUGAAGGUGCUCCUGUCCAGUGUCAGCUAUGCUGAGGCUGAGAAUCCAGCAUUGUGUGUCGCAGCUGCCAGGCAUUACUGGAAUGCUUGUCUACCCUUGACACAGACUCCUGAGGAAAGAUGGCAGCUCCAAAAGCCUCUGGAGAAGAUCCUGAUUGCUCUGGCUCAUACCAACAUGAAACAUGUAAAUAAACAGGGCAACAUGAAACACUUGCUGACCUUGACAGCACUGCCUCUUGGGAGUUCAAAACAUGAAGCAACAGGUGAAGAGGACCUAACACUGAGAGCAGCCAUUUACAGUUUGUUGCUCCACAUCCACAUUGAUAAGAGAGAUUGGAAAAGUGCUCUGCAGCUGCUGGACCAAGCUAUUAGAGACAUGCCUCGCACCAGACACCGGCUACCUCUGCUGAAACACAGAAUACUGGUAAAAGCACGGCUGGAGGAAAGUGUACUGACGGACAUGCAGAAGUUACAAGACGAAGGAGAGCAAUGCUGUUCAUUUAUGUGGCACCGGGUGGCACUGUGUGCUGGCAAGAUAACCCAACAGCUCACCUGCUACCAGAAAUCCAUCACCUCUCUGUUGAGUGUAGAGAGUCACUGGCAGAAGGUCAGCCUUCUGCUAGAGUUUGGAGAGUGGCUGUACUGUCACAACUUCCCCAAAACUGAUGCCCAACACCAGGUUCAGUGGGCCAUAGACAUCCUUCUACACUUGGAAACUGAACAGGCAGGAGGAGCAGAGGACGAGUCCAGAAAGAGGGAUUUGAGCUCCAUGAAAUGCGAGUCCCGAGUAGGAGUCCAAGGCUUGUUAUUCACACAAAGUUUGUCUAAUCUGAAAGAGGUACGGCGCCUUGACAGCUUGGUACGAGCACACACUCUGCUUGCUCUUAUGGCAGACAAGACUUCACCUGAGCACCAGCUUAACCUGCUCCGAGCCUACACCUUUGUACUUCGAAUAUGGCAGGUGUCCGUGGCAGUGGGUUGUGAGAUUUCCAAUGAGAUGGCAAAGAGUCAGCCACCACAGCCUCCUCCCUCUGCUGGAUCCAAAAAAGGCAAAGACCAGGGCAAAGACAAAAAAAUGAAAGAACCUCCCCCUGCAGAAGAGAGACCUAAACCUCUUGUCUUGGAUCAGGCACUUCCUUCUACCCCGAAGGACUGGGCUUGCUACGUCUGUCCUAACCAGGCCAGGCAGAUCUUCGGAACCAACAGUAACCCCCACUGUAUCAAUACACACAGCAUUACAAAGCAGACACAAAGCCUGUUUUAUCUCAACCUGCUGGAAAAAGAGCUUCACUCACUCUCACUCAACCACCUGACGCUGCCCAUAAUCCAUCUAGCUGAGACCAUUGCUCAUGACCUUUUGGAUAGGAGGAGCCUCUCUGACCUCUACCGACUUAGAAUUGUGAGGACCUGUUGUGAGCUGGGUUUGGAGACGCAUUCACCAUAUCAGGAGAAGCUCCUGAAUCUGAGUAGAAUCCAAGAACAAGAACAGAUGGGGUGCCACAAAGCAAUUGCUUUUUCACAGGAGAGGAGAGGCCUUUACAAAGCUUACAUUCAGAAGGUUCAGGUGGAUGAAAAGGCUGGGUCUGGGCGACAGAAUAUGGAUGUGUGUGCUCAGGACAUUUGGCUGGACAAAGCUGAGGUUUGCCUCAGCAUGGGGCUCUAUCAACCAGCCAGGCAGCUCCUGGCAGAGGCCCACUUGGUGGCUAUGGAGCUUGGAGACCAGAAAGCAAUGGCAAGAAGUUUGCUCAGUCUGGCCAUUCUGGCUUGUGAAGAGCAGAACUAUGCCCAGGCUCUGAUCCUGCUGGUCAAAGCCCAAGCCAUGGGUGGGGAUGAGGAGUUCUGGUACCAGCUCACACUCACCAAGGUCAGAGCUGUGGUAGGCCAGAGAGACCAAGAUGCACACACCAAGGUUGAUCAGAUUAUUAAACAAGGCUGUGGGGCUCUGAAGCUGGUUCUAGAGCAGCGGGUAAACCGAGUCCCACAACUCACAUUCUUGAUCACUUCAUUAGAGAUGAGAGGUGCCAUUGAAUGUAUAGGUGCCCUUGGUGGUGGUGAACCUGGAGAGACGCUCAGCCCUGAGGUUGUCCAGAAGCUGAUGGCCGCAUGUGAUACACUCAAAGAGUGUGCCAGUGGUUUCAUUAAACUCAGCUACAGAGAACAAGCAGCAGAGGCACACGUAGAGUACGCACAUGGUCUGAGAAUCCUAGCCAACCAUACUACUCAUACAGAGGACAAACGGCGCUUCCUGCUCGACGGCGUCUCCCAAAUGCAGCUAGCUGUUACAGAACAGGAACAUGUGGUGCUGAAUGCUCAGAGGCUGCUCCCCUCACAGGAGGAGAGUCAUGGACUGUCACUGGGAGCCAUGCGGAGGCUACUGCGCCUGCGACUGGCCCUGGCAGAAUUUUGUCUGGCCAUGCUGGAGGAGCACUGUGCUGAGAAGAAGUGCCAAGCUCUGGCCCAGGAGAGGAAGACCUCUGCUGAGAUAGCACUGGAGGAGUUUACACACUGCACACCUGAGCCCAACUCUAUAGAACAGGAAUGGGUGCAUAUUGGCAGUACCUUGGGACAGGUGGCUCUGGGCCAGCUGGCUGCAGUCAGUUCUCACUCCCUGGAUAACAUGGAAAACAGAGCCUGUUGCCUGAGUCUGAUGGGAAAGUACUUCAGAUUGCUGGCUGUGCAGGAGGACCCCAUAUAUCUGUGUGCUCUCUGGGACAGACACAAACAGAAGGAGCCGGGGUCUGACUCUAAAGGUGUUCCCGUGGAGGAGGAGAAUUCAGACAAAGAGAAAGAAUCAAGCAGAAGACAGCCAAGGGUGACCUCUGCCAAAACUGUUGAGCUGCAGCAACGCAGGAGGCAUAGAGCCCAGCAGCUGUUGGCACAGGCCAGUAAGGCACUGGCUGAGGCCAUCAGCCUGUGUCUCCAACACAAGCUGCCCGCCUCCAUCCUGGCUGAUGCCUCUCUCAACAUGUUGGAGUGUCAUGGCCAGUCUGACCCUGCAGUGGCAGGUCAAUACCUUGCCCUAUUUCAGAGCUGCUGCACUAUUGCUACGAUGGCUGAGGUCCUAAGUUCUGCCUGUGCAGGCACCAGUGUGUCGCAGCUCUCUGCUCUGCUCAGCCUUCACAGGAAACUGCUGCUCUCUCAGGAGGAGAGGCCCAGCAGCAUGCUGAAGGGAGUGGAGAACUCCCUCAACAGCAUCUCCAAGGCCUUCAGUCACCUGACCAUCUAUCCCAGCCACCUAAAUAUCCUUGCAGAGCUUCCGCCCAACCUGAAGAUUCUGCUGCUUCAGCACUCUGUAGAUGGGUCAGAACUUUAUGGGGCCUUCUAUGAGAUGACCAAAGCUCCAAAUCAAAAGGGAAAGACUACGCAAGUUACAGGUACCCUGACAUGCUCUAGGGUGGCCAAGGUUUCAGUCUGCCCGCGGGUUCUGCUUGCACUGAGGGAGCAGACUCUGGCCUUUGGCCAGGAGACUAGACAUGCCCUCCUCAAGGAAGCCUGUUGGCACGGUGCUGAGGGCAGACUGGAGGCCUCUGAGGAGCAUCAGGCUUUUCCUCGUAAAACUGCCACAGAAGAAAUGUUAGCACCUCGCUUCAGAGAAAUUGUACAAAAUAUGGAAGACUAUUUGAAUCCACUUCUCUCACAGUUUGACUUCUCUUGCUUAAGGCCCCAGGCUGCAUUACUACAAGUCCCUGAGAUGACCAAAACCAAAGAUAAAGAAGAUAAAGGGAGCUCAGCAGAACCAGGGGAGUAUGUGGUGUUGCUGGCAGACACAAAGUUGCUAGAGUUGCCUCUGGAAGCCUUGUCCGUCCUGCAGGCGGAAGGCCUGAGUUCUGUGUCACGAGACUUCUCCCUCCAGCUUCUCCACAGUCGCCUGAACAGAGAGGAACCAGAGAAAGUUGAAAGUGACAACAAAAAGGAGAUCAAGGGUGGCAAAGGAACUAAGGGGAAGGGAGAUCAAAGCCAAGCCAUCAAAGUGACACCUGUGAAUCAUGUGUUGCCUUCUAACACCUUCCCAGUGGACACACGUAACUUCAAAUAUAUAGUUGACCCUCACAAUGAAGGCAAAUUUGAAGGGACCAGUCUGAGCAUGAGAAUGAAAGAGAUUUUGGAAACUCACAGCCAGCAUUUUACUCAUCUGUGGGAGGGCUUCGUGGGCAGCAAACAAACGCCCAGUUUGUCUGAGAUGGAGCAGCUGCUGUGCAGAUGCAGUGCCUUCAUUUACCUGGGGAUGGAGCGCUUCAUGGCAAACAUUCCACCUGCCAAACUAGCAGCCCUCAGUCUGUCUGAGUGUCGCAUGGCUCUGCUCUUUGACCUGGUUCAGAACAAUGCCAGUGUUCUCCGCCAAUCAAACCUUGACAUGCACAAAAGUGCAGGACAGUUUGCCCUGGAGAAACCCCUGGAGACCGCUCUUCUGUUGAGUCUGGGUGGUGUCGGCUGUAUUGUCCUCAACCAGUGGCACAGCAGCCUUCAACAGAACACACACAAUAUGGUCAAUGUUCUAGACUAUCUACUGAGGGUCAGACAGACCUCUGGCCAGACCAUCCAUGCAUUGAGGAAAGGGGAGCGUUCAGAGAUACCACAUCACAAGGUUACAGAAUCAUAUGAUCAAGUGCUCCUCACUGACACAAAGAAAGACGAUGUUCACCAUAAAACGACUCUCACACCAUCAGCAUUCAACUGCAUUCUUUAUGGACUCCCUAACUUAAUUGUCACAUAAUAUGCUGUAUAUCCUCAAUAUUUCUCACUUAUAUUUCACAAUUCAAGAAGAUUACAGGCAUACUUGUCAGCCAGCUUAUAUUACUGUAUGCAAAAAACUAAAACUCCUGUGGUAUGAGGGGGUUAAACAUUUCAUUAAAGAUGAAAGAGAUUCUUGAUUCUUUACUUACAUUUUCCACUAUGUAAUUUUAUGAGAAUACUGAUUUUAUACUAUACUAAUAUUGUUUUUACCGUAAACAGCAUACGAUAAGAUACAAUAUGCCGCAUGCCUGACUUUGUAUAAUAAGGCUAAAGCUCUCAAUGCUCUCGGAGAGGCUAGCUUGCAGAAAUUCACCCUAUACAUGUCUUGUAUUACUAAAAUAGAAAUGUUACUGCUAACAUUGUGCUGAGAAGUUGUACCUUUGGGAUCUCUGCUUUGAGUGUUUAGAGUGUACUGUCCUCAUCAGAUACCAUGAAUACCAAUGUUUCAUUGGUGUGGAAUAGUAUCGGACUUUACCAAAUUGAAUGGGAGAAAUUAUUUCAGGCCAAAUAAACACUUUUACAGGACUGGUAGCCCUGCUGUAACAGAACAGAAAGGGGUGAAAUCCUACAAUAAGAGGACUGAGGUAGAAAACGAUGGCUCAUAGUCAACUUCACCUUGCAGCUAUAACUGAAGCUGUUUUUGCUUUGUUUUCUUAUGUCUUUUAAUGUCUAUUUACUCAAGCCUUGUUAAUUGUAGCUUCCAUAACAAUUAGUGCUGAUUUAGUCUCUUGUUGACAGUAUUUACUACAGUUCUGUUGUCUUGACACAUGAAAUUUACUCAGAAUUGAACCAUUUCAACCGUUGACCCCACAGUUGAGAGUGCACUCAUUCUUUAAAAGUGCUGUAUCAAACAGUCUCAACAUGAAAACCACUAGACCUCUCUUCAGAUGACUUCAUUUGAGAGAGGCUGGAUUCAUCCUUUCAUUAAAAUCCUUUCAAAUUCAAUGUAAUUGUGUUUACUGAUUUUAAUUUAGAGAUUGCCUUUAUCAGAUAUUGCAGUGCAAGCGUAAUCCUUAUAUUUGUUUUUCUAUUGCACUAAAUGUUAAUUUUGUAAAUUCCUAAAUAGCAAAUAUACCUCUUGAGAAAAAAAAAUCUUACUAUAAGAACAGUGUGACCUGAGGUUUUAAAUGUUGCCCUAUUUAUUGUAAUUAAGUCAAACCUAAAAUUAGAAGAGAAAGUGGAGGUCAUCAUUGCCAUUUUGAUGUUUUAUUCCUUAAUAGAUUUGGGUGUGUAAGUUUUCUAAAACAUAUCAACACUUGGUUGUGACCCCAUCUUUGUAUGUUAUAGAAAUUUAAGCAACAUUAGAGGAUCACUUUUGGUUGUGUUCCAUUCUUCUAAAUGGGAAAUGAGGCUACAGAGUUCACUUAAUAGUUGCCUAUUUAUUGGCUAUGAUGCUUUUGUAAAUAAUUCACAUUCUAGGUGUUGAGCUUUGACCCAUAUGAAGUCAGAAAGAUUAGUGACAUGGUUUGAUUUGCAUAAAACCUGAAUAAAAGUUAUUCUGAGUAAA